AUGAAGAGAGCCAAUUGCACAGAGGUAAAAGAGUUUGUUUUUCAAGGUUUCUCCAAUUUUCAAGAACACCAGCUCACACUCUUUAUUGUCUUUCUUGCCCUGUACAUCCUAACUCUGGCUGGCAAUAUCAUCAUUGUGACCAUUAUCCACAUUGACCACCACCUCCACACCCCCAUGUACUUCUUCUUAAGUGGUCUCUCUACCUCAGAGACCUUCUACUCCCUGGUCAUUAUCCCACGCAUGCUUUCCAGCCUUGUAGGUCUGAGUCAAUCCAUCUCCCUGGAAUGCUGUGGGACCCAGCUCUUUUUCUUCCUUGGCUUUGGUAUCACCAACUGUCUCUUGCUGGCAGUCAUGGGGUUUGACCGCUAUGUGGCCAUCUGCAACCCUCUUCGCUACUCCAUCAUAAUGAAUUGGAGGGUCUGUGGCAUGCUGGCAUCUUUAGUGUGUGCCCUAGGGUUCUUGCUGUCCUUGGUGCAGGCUGUAGCGAUUUUCAGGCUGCCCUUUUGCAGUUCAUUGAUUGAGCAUUUCUUCUGUGAUGUUCAACCUAUUUUGGAUCUGGCCUGUGCUACCCCCCUUAUUAAUGAUAUUCUGACCUUAAUUAUCAGUCUCCUGGCCAUCACAGCACCUGCCACCUUCCUUUUCAUCUCUUAUGUCCUCAUUAUUUCCACCAUUCUCAAGAUUGCCUCAGCUGAAGGCCGAAAGAAGACCUUCAUUACCUGUGCCUCUCAUCUCACUGUGGUUAUUGUCCAUUAUGGCUGUGCUUCCAUUGCCUACUUCAAGCCUAAAUCAGAGAAUACCAAAGAUCAAGAUCAGCUGAUCUCAGUGACCUAUACCAUCAUAACACCUUUACUAAACCCUGUUGUGUACAGUCUGAGAAAUAAAGAAGUUCAGGAUGCUCUGUAUAGAGUAGUGGUUAGGAAAACCCUUUCUUAA